CUGCUUACUCAGAAGAGCAACAGGCAAUGGAUCCCAAGUACCAGAGGGUGAAGCUUAAUGAUGGCCACUUCAUUCCUAUCCUGGGCUUUGGAACCUAUGCACCUGAGGAGGUUCCUAAGAGUGAAGCUCUGGAGGUCACCCAAUUGGCUAUAGAGGUUGGGUUCCGCCAUAUUGACUGCGCUCAUUUGUACCAAAAUGAACGGCAAGUUGGACAAGCCAUUCGGAGCAAGAUUGCAGAUGGCACUGUGAAGAGAGAAGACAUAUUCUACACUUCAAAGCUUUGGUCCACUUUCCUUCAACCAGAGUUGGUCCGACCAGCCUUGGAAAAGUCACUGAAAAAUGUUCAACUGGACUAUGUCGAUCUCUACAUUAUUCAUUUUCCACUGGCUCUGAAGCCAGGAGAGGAACUUUUUCCAAAAGAUGAAAAUGGAAAAAUAAUGUAUGACUCAGUAGAUCUCUGUCGCACGUGGGAGGCCCUGGAGACAUGUAAAGAUGCAGGGCUGGCCAAGUCCAUCGGGGUGUCCAAUUUCAACCACAAGCAGCUGGAGAAGAUCCUGAACAAACCCGGGCUCAAGUACAAGCCUGUCUGCAACCAGGUAGAAUGUCACCCUUAUCUCAAUCAGAACAAACUGUUGGAGUUCUGCAAGUCACAUGAUAUUGUUCUUGUUGCUUAUGGUGCUCUGGGAUCCCAACGAUUGAAAAAUUGGGUGAACCCGAACUACCCUAUUCUUUUGGAGGACCCGGUUCUUUGUGCCAUUGCCAAAAAGCACAAGCAAACCCCAGCUCUGGUUGCCCUUCGCUACCAGAUACAACGUGGGGUUGUGGUUCUGGCCAAGAGUUACAACAGGAAGCGGAUCAAAGAGAACAUGCAGGUUCUCGACUUUGAAUUGACUCCGGAAGACAUGAAAGCAAUUGAUGGCCUCAACAGUAACAUACGAUAUUAUGAUUUAGUCUUCCUUGCUGAUCACCCUGACUAUCCAUUUUCCGAAGAGUACUGAUUGUGAGCGAUCCAUCAUGGUUCUAUCAGAAUUUACUGAUUUUCGGGGUGUGGAGAGAGUUGUUAUGAUUGGUGGAGCUAAUUAAAAACUGUGUCUCUA